UCCUGGUUCCGGGUCGGUCCCGAGGGCCGGGGUGGGCCGCCGCGAUGCUGCCCUACACCGUGAACUUCAAGGUGUCGGCGCGCACCCUCACCGGGGCGCUCAACGCCCACAACAAGGCGGCGGUGGACUGGGGCUGGCAAGGUUUAAUUGCUUAUGGAUGUCAUUCGCUGGUGGUAGUGAUUGAUUCCAAUACCGCCCAAACGCUUCAAGUUUUAGAAAAACAUAAAGCUGAUGUUGUCAAGGUUAAAUGGGCCAGGGAAAAUUAUCACCAUAACAUUGGCUCACCAUAUUCCUUGCGCUUAGCUUCCGCUGAUGUCAAUGGGAAGAUCAUCGUAUGGGAUGUAGCAGCAGGAGUAGCUCAGUGUGAGAUCCAAGAGCAUGCCAGACCUAUUCAGGAUGUGCAGUGGUUGUGGAAUCAAGAUGCUUCACGAGAUCUGCUGCUCGCCAUCCACCCACCAAAUUAUAUCGUGCUCUGGAAUGCAGAUACUGGCACCAAGCUGUGGAAGAAGAGCUAUGCAGAUAACAUUCUUUCUUUUUCUUUUGACCCUUUUGAUCCCUCACAUUUAACCUUACUCACCAGUGAGGGUAUUGUGUUCAUCUCAGACUUUUCUCCAUCUAAGCCUCCCUCAGGCCCUGGGAAAAAAGUUUACAUAUCCAGCCCACACUCUAGCCCAGCUCAUAACAAGCUGGCUGCAGCCACAGGUGCCAAGAAGGCUCUGAAUAAAGUAAAAAUCUUACUCACGCAAGAGAAGCCUAGUGCUGAGUUCAUUACUCUGAAUGAUUGCCUUCAGUUGGCUUAUCUGCCUUCCAAAAGAAAUCACAUGCUGUUACUCUAUCCUCGGGAGAUUUUAAUCCUUGACCUUGAGGUGAAUCAGACAGUGGGUGUGAUUGCAAUAGAACGAACAGGAAUUCCAUUUUUGCAGGUAAUACCCUGCUUUCAACGUGAUGGUUUAUUUUGCCUACAUGAAAACGGUUGUAUAACCUUACGUGUUCGGAGAUCUUAUAAUAAUAUUUUCACCACUUCAACUGAGGAACCAGACCCAGAUCCUGUCCAGGAACUUAACUAUGAUUUACGAAGCCAGUGUGAUGCAAUCCGCGUGACAAAAACUGUCCGUCCCUUCAGCAUGGUGUGUUGUCCUGUCAACGAGAAUGCGGCUGCCCUCAUAGUGAGUGAUGGCAGAGUCAUGAUAUGGGAACUGAAGUCUGCUGCUUGUCACCGAAAUUCACGGAACAGUAGCUCUGGUGUGUCACCUUUGUACUCACCAGUGUCUUUCUGUGGGAUUCCUGUUGGAGCGCUGCAGAAUAAACUUCCAGAUCUCUCCUUAGAUAACAUGAUCGGGCAAAGUGCAGUUGCUGGGGAAGAACAGCCCAAAGGUUCCAUUCUGCAGGAAGUGCACCUCAAAUUCCUGCUAACAGGACUGCUUUCGGGGCUGCCCUCACCACAGUUUGCUAUCCGCAUGUGCCCACCGUUGACCACAAAAAACAUCAAGAUGUAUCAGCCACUGCUUGCUGUUGGCACCAGCAACGGCUCUGUGUUGGUGUACCAUCUCACCAGUGGGCUGCUGCACAAGGAGCUCAGCAUCCACUCGUGUGAAGUCAAGGGUAUUGAAUGGACAAGUUUGACUGGGUUUCUUUCUUUUGCUACCUCAACACCAAACAACUUGGGAUUAGUGAGAAAUGAACUUCAGCUGGUUGAUCUUCCAACAGGUAGAAGUAUUGCCUUUCGUGGAGAACGAGGCAAUGAUGAAUCGCCCAUCGAAAUGAUCAAAGUAUCUCACUUGAAGCAGUAUUUGGCAGUUGUAUUCAAAGAUAAGCCCCUGGAGUUAUGGGAUAUUAGGACUUGUACCAUCCUUAGAGAAAUGUCAAAAAACUUCCCUGCAGUAACUGCUUUGGAGUGGUCACCAUCUCACAACCUGAAGAGCCUGAGGAAGAAGCAGCUGGCCACCCGAGAAGCCAUGGCACGCCAGACCGUGGUCUCAGAUACCGAACUGAGUGUUGUGGAGUCCUCUGUGAUCAGCUUGUUGCAGGAGGCAGAAAGUAAAUCUGAGCUCAGUCAGAACAUCUCUGCACGGGAGCAUUUUGUGUUCACUGAUAACGACGGCCAAGUUUAUCAUCUCACUGUCGAAGGAAACUCCGUGAAAGACAGUGCUCGGAUUCCCCCCGAUGGAAGCAUGGGUAGUAUUACCUGCAUCGCUUGGAAAGGUGAUACACUAGUUCUUGGAGAUAUGGAUGGAAAUUUAAAUUUUUGGGAUUUGAAAGGCAGAGUGUCCAGAGGGAUACCUACUCAUCGAAGUUGGGUGAGGAAGAUUCGUUUUGCCCCUGGUAAAGGAAACCAGAAGUUAAUAGCAAUGUACAAUGAUGGUGCUGAAGUGUGGGACUCUAAAGAGGUUCAGAUGGUGAGCAGUUUAAGAAGUGGAAGAAACGUGACCUUUCGUAUACUGGAUGUGGACUGGUGUACGUCAGAUAAGGUGAUCUUGGCCUCAGAUGAUGGGUGUGUCAGAGUCCUCGAUAUGUCUAUGAAGUCUACAUGUUUCAGGAUGGAUGAGCAGGAGCUGACCGAGCCCGUGUGGUGCCCCUAUCUUCUUGUCCCAAGGGCCUCCCUUGCCUUGAAAGCUUUCUUACUGCACCAGCCUUGGGAUGGCCGGUACUCCUUGGACAUCUCUAAUGUUGAUUAUCCAGAAAAUGAAGAAAUAAAGAAUCUCCUUCAAGAGCAGUUGAAUUCACUGUCCAAUGAUAUAAAGAAACUCUUGCUCGAUCCAGAAUUCACUCUUUUGCAGAGGUGCCUGCUUGUUUCAAGGCUUUACGGCGACGAGUCCGAGCUCCACUUCUGGACGGUGGCGGCCCACUACCUGCACAGCCUGGGCCCAGGGCGGCCAGCCGGCACACCCGCCGCCGCGGGACCCGCUCCUCAGGAAGGCGCGGGCGACCCCCUCGACAUGUGCUAUGACUUACUCUGCGAGAACGCCUACUUCCAGAAAUUUCAGUUGGAAAGGGUUAAUUUACAGGAAGUAAAAAGGUCAACCUAUGAUCAUACAAGGAAAUGCACAGACCAGCUGCUUCUCUUGGGUCAAACAGACAGAGCUGUGCAGCUGCUGUUGGAAACAAGUGCAGAGAACCAGCAUUAUUACUGCGAUUCACUAAAAGCCUGUUUGGUCACGACAGUCACCUCGUCAGGCCCCUCCCAGAGCACCAUUAAGCUGGUAGCAACAAACAUGAUCGCCAAUGGCAAGCUGGCAGAGGGCGUUCAGUUGCUCUGCCUGAUAGACAAAGCCGCGGACGCCUGCCGCUACCUGCAGACGUACGGCGAGUGGAACCGGGCAGCGUGGCUUGCCAAAGUCCGCUUAAAUUCCGAGGAGUGCGCUGAUGUUCUGAAGCGGUGGGUUGACCACCUUUGCUCUCCACAAGUCAACCAGAAGUCAAAGGCCCUCCUGGUGCUCCUCUCCCUGGGCUGCUUUUCCAGCGUGGCUGAGACGCUUCACAGCAUGAGAUACUUUGAUCGAGCCGCCUUGUUCGUGGAAGCCUGUCUCAAGUACGGCGCGAUCGAAGUCAGUGAGGACACGGAGAAACUCAUCGCGGCUAUAUAUGCAGAUUAUGCCCGGAGCUUGCGGAAUCUCGGGUUUAAACAGGGCGCUGUUAUUUUUGCUUCAAAAGCUGGAGCAGCCGGCAGAGACUUACUGAAUGAACUGGAAUCCCCCAAGCCCGAAGAGGCGUGACGGUCACGGAAGCCAGGGACUCACCUCGCCAGCAGGGUGGCCCGGAGUUGGUCCAGGCGCCAUCAGGUCAGGGGCGCAGUCCUGACUGAGGAGGGUGCUGCGCUCGCAGGGCCUCGGGAGCGGCUUCCCCGCAGGGCAUGAGCACCUACGAUGCUCGGAAUGAGCUCUGGGUCCCGUGUUUAGCUCAGAAAAACGUGACCACUUCAGAGUUUGAAAAUGUCUAACUCCCCUCUCCCUUUUCAGUGUCUUGAGAAAUUUUGGCCUGAAGAUCUAGGCAGAACUGUGAACAUUUACAAUUCCCCCCCCCCCCCUACUCGAGUCCAAAUCCUCCUCAUUCACACUGCACAGGAAGCUCCCCACUGCUCAGAUCUGGUCAUAUGACAAGACCAGAAGAAUUCUGGGAGCGCAUCAGUAGAUGAUGUAGACCACAGUUCCCACAGUGUGUCAGAAUAGAGCCUCUGGAAAUGAGACUCAGGAUUAGUGAGACAAUAAACCUUUUGUUUCAGUUUCAUAUUGGAAACAACAACACCCCCCCCCCCCCCGGGGCACACACGCGCACAUACGCGCACAUACACAUGCAGCAGCGGAAACACUACAGGGCUGCUGCACCUAAUACCUGCGCUGGGCUCCCCGGCCGGGGCGCGAACUCUAGGCCCGUGCAUUGACCGCACUGAGCCUUACGCCCCUGCGCCACCAGGGAGGCCGCCAGCCUGGAGUGGUUCAGGCUGCCUAUUAAGGAGCUUGCAGCUGACGCAAGAGGAGAAAGAUGGGCAGGACCUGAAACAAGGUCUUCAAGCCCACCUGUACCGAAUCAGCUAAAUGGACCCAUGAGCGCAUUUCACUGACCCGCCACUCCCACUUUAGGCUACUUCGGGCCGUAGAUCACAGCACUGGGCGCAUAAUGCUUUCCAAAUACUUGCUGAGGCCUAGUUUGGGAAAUACAGGCUCCACGUCCCGUGAAGUAUUUUCCAUGAAUCCGAGACACCUCUAUUAAAUUGCCAUAACUUGAAAUUGGCAAACAUGAACUUUCCUUGAAUGUACACACAAUGACGGGGGUGGGGUGGGGGUGUAGAGACCAAAGGGAGGGAGCCCCGUGACCUAUACUGGACCUAUAACCCUACAGAAUACACAGGUGUAGUCCAAGGAGACCAAUAAAAAUUUAAUAUUAAAAAAUGAAAAUUGUGAUUUCCUGAUUAAAAAUUCAAAAAAAACCCAAUGUUCUUCCUGAAUACAACUUUAAAGUUGUUCUUUCUUCCAUGAUUACAAGACUUACAUGGGACCAAAUUUAGCUAACACAUUCAAAGCCCAUCUAGGGCUUUUUAUGAUGGAUAAAAGCAUCUCUUCCACUUCGCUGCACCGACUCAGUGACUUCCCUGUGGCUAGCAGGGUGGGGGGAGAGGCGGG